UAUGAGACAUAGCCAGUGUUUUUACUCCAGAAGAGGGGAUUGUAUUUUACUCUAGUCAGUGACUGUCUCUCCUCACCCGUCAGGUCUCUCAAUAACUCACUCACUCAGGCGUUGAACACAACUCGUCUGAGCAGGAGUUAUAACAUCAGAUAAAGCACAGGGAAUAUGGGAAGAGCUGUUAGACGUCGGACCAUGCGUGAGGGAUUUUGGAAACUUUGUAUUUUCAUGUUUUCCUUUCGUGCUUUUAAAGCUUCAGCAGCUAUUUAUCAGGUUCCAGUGAGACUGCAGCGCACAGUGUCGGAACACAACACUGGAGCAAACACACUCAACAGGAACUGGUGCCAGUACACAGUACAGAAGACUGUUUCAUGCCAGACACAAAAUGGGACCGAGACUGUUGUGCAGCGACUGUUUCAGAGUUGCCGAUGGCCUGGACCGUGUUCAAACCUCAUCAGCUACAGAACUCUGGUGAGACCUGUGUACAGAGUGACCUACAGGAAAAUCACUUCUCUGGAAUGGCGAUGCUGUCCAGGAUUCCAUGGAGAAGACUGCAGAGAGGAGUGCAUGAACUGUACUGGUUAUGCUGACAUCAAAGAGCGCUUGAGUGUCAUUGAAGCUCAGAUAAUGUUACUGAGAGAUGCUGAGGCACCCCCUUUCCCUCAGCCCAGCCAAUCACCUGAGAGAACAGCUGAUAAUGAAGUUGACAGGACACGCCCCUCACCAAUAACACCCAAUGCCAUUGGCCGACCAGGACCAAUAGGACAACCAGGACUUGUUGGGCCGCCAGGUCCCCCUGGACCUACUGGACCUUUAGGAAAGAUAGGGUUUUCUGGAAAACCUGGUCCCGUAGGACCUAGAGGACCUCAAGGGCUGCAAGGCCUAACAGGUGAAAGAGGCCUUCCUGGGCCACCUGGACCCCCAGGGCCUUUCUCCAUCAGGGGAGAUGUUUUCACUCUAACGGCUAAACAACAUGCCCAAUAUGAAGAUAGUGACUUAGCUGCCUAUCGUGACCUGCAGGCUUUUCUUGGUCCUCCUGGGCCCUCCGGCCCUCCUGGUCCACCAGGGCCUGCCGGACCACCUGGACACCCAGGUGCACCAGGGAAAAAUGCUGCCUUAAGCUUUUCAGGCACACCAGGUGACAGGGGACCCAAAGGAGAUCCAGGAGAAAGAGGUCCACCUGGAAUAACAGGAAAGCAAGGACAGCCUGGUGUUCCGGGUCCUAAAGGUGAGCCGGGAGAGACACCAUCAGAGGUGCAGCAGUUGAGGGAAGCGCUGAAGAUUCUGGCCGAGAGGGUUCUCAUUCUAGAACACAUGAUCGGCAUUCAUGACACUCUGUUGGACUCCGGUUCUGGAAUAGAUCUCCUGGCGGACUUCAUGCUAAUAGGCAGUGCUAAAAAUGUUGGGGCCGCCAAACCCUCUUCUCCUCUUACCUCAGACAGAGAGUAGCCGGACUCUGUUGGGUAUGGAGAGUAAAUAACAAACACUUGUGACCACAAGGCCUUUAUCUCCUGUUUGUUACUUUGAAGGACAUAUCCCUCAAUGUAUUUGUUUAUGAGUAUGAUAAGAGUGGCACUGAUCUUUUCUAUUUUAUUUACUUCUAUUUUAUGUUCAGUUUUUUCUACAUUUUGCAAUCACUGUAUUUACCUGUCAAAAAUAUGUUUUUAUUGCCAUUCACAACCCGUUUUACUUCCACAAUGUGAUGUAUUUCAAGGGCUGGCCUUUAUUUUAGCCAUUAGGAAAUGAUUGGAUGGUGAAAAGUGGGCGUUACUUACCAGAACGAAAUCGGACUGAAUGUGAUUUUGCUAAAGUUAUGAAAAUCUGUCUUUCAACUCGGAAGUGUCUAUUUACUGUAGUUCAUUUCUUUUAUUAUUGUAAAAGUGAGGAUUUUGGAUGGGCAGGAUGUCUGGGUUAAUUAAUCAACAAAGAUGAUACUUGAUUAUACAAAAAAGCAUUCUUGACACUAUUCACUUCUUAAUGGUUUUUAUGUGGCAUGAAUAAUGAUUUAAUACCGCAGACAUUCAAGCUGAAAAUAAAUGUUUUAUCAUAAAGACUUCGAUCCAGAAAACAAAAAAGGCCCCAUUUAUCAUGUCAUUUCCUUUUUGUUUUCUGAUUGAUGACCUAUAAUGACCUCAUGCACAUAAUUAUAUAUAGCAGCCUUUGUAUAAAAACAAUUCCCGUCUCAAAACUCACAGCAAGCAAAAAAUAGACUGGAAUAGAACUUUAAAACCAAAUUCAACCCUUUGUCUGCAUAAAAAGUGCAACGUCUACCACAAUAAAUUGCGUUUACACCUCUGCUCACCUGUUUGUAUUCAUAAAGCCUAUCAUUGACUCGCUGAAAACCCAAAAUGGCAGAACACACCAAGGGCUGCUAUUAAUAGGGCUGCAGUGAAUAGCCGGAGAGACACAAAAGGCCCUGUUGACCUUGUUCGCAGAGCACCGUUCAACAUGCCAGUGUGGCUUUAAGCUUAUUGUUGCGCUUGAGCUUUUGUAAUCCCCUCGGGAGGGAACGAAAUCUUUCCGAAUCUUGGGCUUUUUCUUGUUGUUGUGUUAAGAAAGAAGAAGUGUCUGAAGUGUUUGUUGAAAGGUUUCCCACCUUUCCAGAGCCAAAACCUGAUUGCUAGUA